AUGGAAUUGCAAAAUACCUACGACACAAACCUCAAAUGUCCAUGCACUGAAAUAUCGGCUUCAUAUCGUUCAUUUGUCGAAAUAAUUCCAACUUAUCAUGAAAUAUGUUCCAGUGAUUUCGUUUCCCAAAAAUGGAUCGAUAUGCUCUUCAAUGAUCAGACGUCCACACGCUAUGUGUUAGAUUUUCGUGCAACAGCUAGCCAACAAUUUCAAGUUUUACGAGAACUCUGCAAAUUCUCACAAACAGCUAUCAAUAAUGAUAUUCAAGGAUUAUACGAUGAUCAACUAAUCUCAGCUUAUUUAUUAAGCGAGUCUUUAUUGCAAGCUGAAAUGGUAUCAUUUACUACCACCUUUCGAACGAGCAGUGUCGCGAAUGCCCUUCGUUCUCUUUCGUUUAUGCGCACGUACGUAUUGGGAAAUCAAUUCAUGUCUGGAAUUCAAACUGCUUACAUGGCACUUCUUUACUCGACAGACGGGCUAAACUGGAGUGGAGACAUAGGCAUAACUAUAUUUAGGCAACACGGAGCUAGUGCCCUAUGCCAGUGUUCUAUAGAUGCUACUUGUAAUAUGUGGUCUGCCUUCUACAAUUACACGUAUAUCGACCAGACUAGAUCAUUUUAUUGGUUUCCAUCCACUGUAACAUUUCAAGUAGCAAACUGGUUUGCCGGUUGUUGGCCAUUGGAAUCACUUCUUCUUUCGUCACUCGACAACAGUUUCUUGAAUAAUCAAAGUGAACUCGAUGCCAUAGUAACGUAUUUCAAUUGGUCGUCAAAUUCGACGCCUGCAGCUCUGAGCAUACAGAAAGCGACAAAUCAAAGUGGCACGUUCAAUGAUAUUCUUGGAAAUUUAUUCAUAGAGAGUAUCUCACCAGAACUCAACUAUUCAGUUUAUUUUGCUCAAUGUCGUCCAAGGUCGUGUUCGUACUCAAUCAAUCAACACUCGAGCUUUUUAUACAUAUUUACUGCUCUUCUUGGACUGUAUGGAGGUCUAUCGGUUGUUCUUCGAUUAGUGAUUCCAUAUGUGGUCGGCUUCAUAGUUCGAUAUUUUACUAAAACACCGCCUCAACAUCCUUCUAACGAUAUCGUGACAACAAUGCAAACAUGGAAGCAACGCGCACAGACACUGUCAUCACUUCGACAACAACCAUUGGAUAUCAAACAACAACUUUGGACAACACGAAUCUAUAUUACACUGCUCAUCCUUGCUCUUAUCGUUUUAACACUCUAUGGGAUGUUGAGCUUCGAGAUAAAACUAAUUCAAGUGAACAAACCUUCAUUUAGUACUGUGCAACAGUUACAGACUCAGUCUCAGACCAACUUAAUUUCUUCCCUACAAUGUCCAUGUACACAACUAACGGUAUUCUAUCGUCAAUUCACCCAACUUCACCCAUUUUAUCAUCAAGUAUGCUCGAGUGAUUUUGUAUCAGAGCGCUGGAUAGAUGCUUUCGAUGAUAUGCGCUCUCCGUCAUCGCCCCGAUAUGCGCCGUACAUCGACAGUACUGAUUUUUCAUGGAGUCAGGUGCUAUUUGUGCUUCUGGAAGCUCUGUGCGAUUUUUCUACUGAAACAAUUGCCAGUGCAUUGCAAACAUUUCAAAAUACUACACUGGUCGGUACUCAAUUGCUUACAGCGGAUGAAUUUACAAAUCAAAUGUUCUCUGUUAUCAAUCAAUUUCAACUGGAAACAAAAAGUACCUUUUUACAUUUCCUUCAACUUCUGCGUAAUAUUACACAUGUAAACCAAAUUGUGUCUGCCGUAGGUAGUAAUUCUUAUAUUGAAAUUGGCGACCCACCUAAAUAUGCUGCCCCUUUGUCUAUAACGACUUACAGCGAUAGUAAUUCAUCUCAUAUAUGUUCGUGUGCAACUGAUUCAAGCUGUAAAACGAAUUGGGGCUUAUUCAUUGGAGAUCCAGCAGAAAUCCAAGUAUAUACUAUACCUGAGUUGUAUUUUGCCUGUCAACCGGUUGAAUCACUUCUACAAUCAACACUUAAAUGUUUCUAUGACAAUCAAGACUGUUUGGACAUUAUUAUCAACUUUUAUAAUGUGUCAUCUUUUAACAACUUCACGCGGCUCAAUUCUUCUUCUCAUGCAAGUCAUUUCAUGAUAAAUAGUACAAUUGGCUCUCUACUUUCAGAAAUGUUCAUUGAAUCUUGGUCUAACUCUACAAAUUAUUCAUCCUAUUUUGCUCAAUGUCAACCAUCGUCAUGUUCCUAUACGAUUCCACAACGCAAUAGUUUACUCGAAACAAUAACAAGAAUUGUUGGUCUGAUCGGUGGACUGUCUGUCUCUCUGCGCAUUCUUGUCCCGUUUCUUGUCAUGAUAUGUGUUGGAAUCAUUCGACGCCUGUUAUCACGAUAUCAACAGGCACCUGUAGAAUCGACUGCUCGCACAUCACAUUUUGUGACAUUGGGUAUUAAGAUUCGAGAUUGGUUUAAGAAAGUGAAUGUAUUCGAAGAUACAAACCGUACAAUUGCUAUUGAACAGCAAUGUGUAGCAACACGUGCCUAUUUACUGCUUCUCGCUAUAUCAUUAUUCAUUAUCAUUCUCUACACAUCGCUGAUCUAUUAUUUGAAUACAUUCACAAUAACAAAACCAUCUCUCGAACAAUAUCAGCAGUUACAAAAACGCUACGGAUCAGAUGCCGUUAGUUGUCCAUGUUCUCGAUUGUCUAUUGCGCAUUCAUCAUUUAUCACAUUGCAAUGCAACUUUCAUCCAGUGUGUACGAGUCCUUUCACCUCUGACUCAUAUCUACAAGACUUGUUUGAAUUAUACAAUGAUUUGGAUUCAACAUAUGCAACAAAGAACGCAUUCACUCUUCAAGGCACUAUUUUCAGUCAUUUUCAAGCACUUCGUUCCUUGUGCAAUCUGGUAAAAGAUUUUGUAAAUGAUGCUCAACAACAAUAUCUUGUUUCCUCUAUCGUCUCCACUCUCAUGACUGACUUCGAUCUGUUCGAGAAACAGACAAAUGCGUCACUCAUUGACUUUCAAUUAACACUACCAAAUUCAUUUAACAAUUCGCUUCAGAUGAUACGUGGCCUAAUGCAAAGUAAUGGAUUCGUAUCCGCCUAUUCGACAAACUGGUAUUAUAUUACCAAGAACAUUUAUCUAAGUGGUGUGCUUUUUCUCAAGCCACAAUAUUAUGGCAGUGAUAUGUGCAAUUGUGCCACAUUGUCGACAUGUACUCAAUCAUCGACACCUUUUAUUAAAGGGUAUCUUGUUGGUUGUACUCCACUUGAAUCACUUCUUCAAAGUACACUCCAAUGUCUCUACGAACAGUCUUGUAUUAAUCUGCUCACUACCUAUUUGAAUAUGUCUUUAUCCAAUCAUCUUGUGCCAUUGAACAAGAGCGAAACUCAUUUUUCUUCAGAUGAUACUGUUAACUCUAUUGUUCAACAAAUGUUUGUCGAAACAUGUUCAUCAAAUAAGUCAUAUAAUCAAUUUUUUGAACAAUGUAAACCUGAUUAUUGUUCAGUGACAAUACUCGAACCAGGCAGUUUUAUCAUUGUAAUCACCACGAUUCUAGGUCUUUACGGUGGACUGACAACUUUUCUCAAACUUGUCGUUCCAUUCCUUGUCUUUUCAAUUUACAAAUUAGUCAGAAAAUAUCAGCAAAGAGCACAAGUCGGAAUCCAACAGUUUCUUCGACAAGCACAACCACAACAACCAGUGCCACCACCAGUAUCACUACCACCAAGAUAA